AUGAAUAUUACAUUAUUAAUGAAUGAAGCCGACCCAAUCCAAUGUCAAUCAGUAAAUGUAAUUUCCGAUAAUAUAGAUGAUUAUACAAAUUUAUCAAAUGUACAAUAUAUACACAAACAUAAUCAUAAUAAUAAUCAUAAUCAUAAUAAUAACAACACUAGUAAUACAAAUAAUAACAAUAAUAAUAAUAACAAUCACAGUAAUCAUAUUAUGCUUAUCACUAAUCAUAAAAACAAUACCAACAAUAAUAUCAAUGAAUUAUCAACUACCGAUUGUACGAAUGCCGGUGAUAAUGUGAAUUCUAGUUCAAACUGUACCUCACCAAAUGGCUCAACGCUUACCAUGUAUGGGACACAACAUCGUUUUAAAGUCAGCCCAAAUACAUAUCACGAUCUGGAAAACGGAAACAACUUGACCAUUACAACUGUUGGCCCUCGUUCGGAUACAGAUCUAGACUCAGCAUUCCCACCGAAAAAGUUGUACACCGACGAUAUACCUGUUUUAGAAUCCUUUCCUGGUUUUUAUGGUUUCGAUCUGUAUCGGCCAUUAUGUGGUGAUACUUACGAAGCAAGCGAAACAAAACCGAGUACUGCAUUCUUUUAUUUUAAAGAUGAACAAGGAUGGACAAAUUUAUAUGCAAAGAAAACACCUACAUGGUGGACAUUAUCUUAUUGGUGUCAACGUAAACCACCAGAAGGUUCAUUCAUUCGUUUAACACCGGUUUAUGGAGCAUCAGAUAAACAACAGGAGGUAAUCCAGAGAUGUUUUGAAGAUUUUAUGGCGAUUCCAACUUCUGGAAUGGGGCGUUAUAGCAUUGUAAUGGUUGGUAAUUCAUUGGCUGAAUACUUUUUUGAUCCGAUAACUGAACGAUUAUGCGUUACUUUACCAUAUGAAACACCUAAAGAAGGCUGUGAAUAUAGUCAAUUCAAUGGGAAAUUUAUGUGUUUCAAUAGUUGUCUGUAUAAUGGUGGUCAAGGAAACAAGAAACCACUCUUUUUAAUCAUCACUUUAGAACGUUUAAUAACUGGAUCUGAUCCAAGUAAAGGACACUGUGAAGUACUUGGGCGUCAAUGUAUCAAAUUUCGUAGUUGUGCUUGUCCUAAACGAGAUAAAGAGAAUAACGAAAGACGUACUGGAGAUUCUUUGGUAAUUGGUACUCCUUCAUUAGGUAAACGCAGAAAGGAAUCAAAUGACCGUAAUGAUCGACAAGUCAAACGUUUGCGUUCAAAUCAAAGACCAUCGUCAGUGUGUAAUAUGAACAAUCUCACUAACACAAAUAUUCAGAAUAAUAAUGGAACAAAUUAUGAAAAAGAUACCAAUCUCUUACGUGACCAUAACUGGUUAUCACCGAAUAAUGAAUAUUUAAUCAAUGAUGAAAAGUGUCCUAGCGAACCGAAUGGAGUUGACGACAUAUUUGAUUAUUAUGGACAAGAAAAUGAGUAUGAUGGUUAUGGACAAAAUACCAUUCACUUCAAUGGAGAAUCAUACAAUCUGUUGUUAGUCCCGACAAAUUUACCUGGGGCUGUUGAAACGUUAUCUAGUGUACGUUAUGGUUUAUUACGUGCAUGGAUCUAUGCACUAGCUAAACAUCAUUACCAUCAUCAUCAUAGUCAACCGUAUCAUAUGAUGAAACAGUCACCAUUGACAAGUGAUUUAAACAACCGGAAAGAUUCGAAAAAUGACGCCAACAUUAUAAACCAUACCUCAUCAUUAAACAUUACAAAUAAUAUGAAUACUAAUAUUGUCGCAGGUAAAAAUACUACAGAGAAACGAUCAGAUAAUCCAGAGAAUCAUUACUAUCCUACAGUGUCUGGAAAUUAUUCACAGUCGUAUAAUCGUGCUGUAAUUGGAAGUACUCUGAAUCAUUGGCUUAAAACGGAGUCACACUUAGCUUCUCUGGUACGUGAAAGGAUUAAUUUGUUGAAUACAUAUCAACAAACCUAUCAUUUCAGUGGCGAUUCUACUGAUUCACAACCAAAUUCUACAUUAUCUACUGGUGCUAUGGGAUUUAAUGGUACAGGAAAUCUAGAUGAACCAGUUAAUAUAUUGAAUCAAGAUUAUUUUAAUUCAUCUAAUUUGAAUGCAUCAGUAGGUAGCGAAUUAAUCGGUUCAAAUAUACCACGUAAUUUGUCUAAUCAUCAAACAAAUGUGAUGCACAAUAUGGCUGCGUAUAUUUUAUCAUCUACUAGUGCUAAUACUACUACUUCGACUACUACAACUGCUACGUCUACAAAUAGUAUCAGUAAUCGUGGGUUUACUUAUAAUACAGCAAAUACUAUUGAUACAAAUUGGUCAUACGAAACAGAUACUGAUUUAAGAUCUAGUCAGACAUCUCAUACAGGUCAGUUAUAUGAACCGACUCACUCAGGAUUAAUAAUAGAUAGUAACAGUAAUAAUAGUACUCUACAUGUUGUAUCAGACUUAAUUGAUCCUUAUGCACUAGUUCAACAGUUACCUCAAUCACUUUCAUCAUCCUCACCAGUUCAUCAACACCAUCAUAUUCAUUCACAUCAUCCACACUCUUCACAUGUUCAAUCACAUCAUAAUAAUCAAAUUCACUUACAUCAAGUUAUGAAUAAUUCAACUUCUAUAUCUAAUAAUAUAAAUGAUAAUCAUUCAUCAGCAUUUACAACAACUGCAUUAAUUUCAGAUAAUACAAUGAACACGAAAUCAUUAACACUAAAUACAUGUCUUGUUCCUCAAAUAACACCGACAACAACGACAGCAGUAACCGAUACAGGAACAAUAGGGACAACAAAUUUUGGUCAUGAAUUUAAUACAUCAAAUUUUUAUGCUACAGCCUACUUUAGUCUUAGUAAUUCAAAUGCUAAUACUGAUAAUAAUAAUAAUAAUGAAACUAAUAAUAAUAUUAUAAAUUGUACCAAUGAUAAUCAAUCAAAUGAUAUGACCGAUCAAAAUUCUACUUUAAUUGAAUCAUUAUCACGAUCUACUAUACCUUCGAAUUUGAAUCAUCGAAGUAUAUCACAAAAUUCUACAUUAUGCAACUAUCAAUUAACAAGUCAUAAUAAUUUAUCUGAAUCACUUUUAUUAUCAGAAGAAUUACUACAUAAUUGUUUAGACAAUAAAAAGAAAUGUUAUGAUGAACCAGAUGGUGUUCAUUCUAUACUAACUAAGCAUUUAAGAAACACAUCAUUUUGUUUGUCAUCUACGCGGUCUCCUGAAUCAUGCGGAGCUGACAAUUUUGUUAAAUUAGAAAUUUAA